AUGACGAAGGAUUCGACCUUUGAAUUCGAGAGAAAGAGGAACAGGCCUGAGAGAUAUGACAGGAUUCGCAUUCAGAAAACUCUCGAGGUUAUGAAGGAGAUCGUCAACAUCAGACAGGCGAGGGAGAUUGCUCACCAUAAACAAAGGAUGAAGGGUAACAAAUCUAAGAUGAUUAAAGUGGAAAGGAAGGAAUUAGAUGAUCAGCGUGUCCCAAUCCUUAAGCCUGUGGGAGUCCAAACUCCACCAAAGAUUAAAGUGCAGAUACAAAAAAACCAGAUUCAUGCCAUGGAAGAGUGA